AUGACACAAUCACUCAACACCGACAAAGGUGGAUUACAACAGCAAAAUGUUGUUGAUCAACAACAACACCAUUCUUUAUCACCGUCAUCAUCAAAUUCCAACCCACCACCACCACACGUCGUUGAUAUCAAUUCUCUUCGCGAAACAUUUCAAAAACUUGAUCGCAACCACGAUGGUCGUUUAACACUCACCGAGUUCGAACAAGCUGCCCACGAAUUAAAACUUCCCUCUCGUCAUCUUCUCAAAAUUUUUCAACAGAUCGAUUCGAAUCAUGAUCAAUCCAUCACGUUCGAAGAAUUUUCAAAAUUUGUCUCUCAUCGAUACGAGGAAUUACAAUUCAUUUUUCAACAACUCGAUACCAACAAGGAUGGAAAACUCGAUGCCAAUGAAAUGAUGCAAGGAAUUCAAAAAGUCUAUAAAUUGAGUGGUGGUGGUGGCGAUCAAAUGGAGACUUUUCAAGAAUUUAUUCAAAAAUUAUUGAAUCGAAUGGACACCAAUCAAGAUGCACAAAUUUCAUUUGAGGAAUUUCGGGACUUGUUGUGUCUCGUUCCUGAAGUAACUCUCGAGUCAGUAGUGGAAUAUUGGAGAGAGGCAAGUGCUUUAUUGAGUGACGAUGUGGAUUUGGUAUUGGUGUCAAGACAGAAAAUUCAAGAACAUGCAGUGGUCACUUCGAAAGGACCUUUUUCAUUUCUGAAUAAUGCAAGUAAGGCAGUUCUUGCAGGUGGUCUCGCAGGAGCCAUCAGCAAAACCGUCACAGCACCCAUGGAACGUUUAAAAGUUAUUUAUCAAGUUCAAACGAAAAAACCUCCUUCCAUGUGGAUGGGUCUUAAAGAAAUUUACACAGAAGGAGGAGUGAAAGGUCUUUUCAGAGGAAAUGGUGUGAAUAUUAUCAAAUCAGCUCCAGAAAAGGCCAUUAAAUAUGCUGCCUUUGAACAAGUGAAAAAUCUGUUAACUAAAAUGAAUGGAGAUCAAAGUUCGAAUGUCAUUACAUUUAUUGCUGGAUCAUCCUCGGGUGUGAUUUGUCAUACGGCGUUGUAUCCCUUGGAAGUGGUCAAAACAAGACUCUCUGUCGCUCCAACAGGUGAAUAUCAUGGAAUGUUUGAUGCCAUUUUCAAAAUUGCUAAAAACGAAGGACCUAUUCAACCAUUCUUUAGAGGAGUUAUUCCAAACAUUCUAAAUACCAUUUGGACUUCUGGAUUUUCUCUAAUGACCUAUGAUGCCAUGAAACAGGUACUUGUGAAUCAUAGUCCAAAUGGUCAACCAAGUAUUGGUGGUUUAAUGUUUUGUGGAUCUGCAUCAUCGGUAUUGAGUCAAACAUUGUUUUAUCCACUUCAUGUGGUAAAAACGAGAAUGAUCAUGCAAGGAGCUCAUGAGUUAGUGGUCACUAAAAAGAAUUUGAAAGCGAAUUUGCAUGGACAAGUGGCGACUGCGACGACCUAUACAGGUAUGAUGGACGCAUUUGUUAAAAUUAUUCAACAAGAAGGAACUAAGGCUCUGUUUAAGGGGUUUGUACCAAGCAUGUUGAAGGGCAUACCUGCUCAUGGUGUCACAUUUGGAGUCUAUGAAUUGGUCAAGAGAUAUUUGGGAUUUGAAGAAGUAGGUCAUAAGAAGAAGCAUUAG